AUGCGCUCCCUCCUAUCCCUAGUCGUCCUCCUCGGAGCAGCGGCAGCUCGCACACCCCAGCCACGGUCCUACGACACCCACACCUACUACGCCCUCGAACUAGACCCAUCCACAUCCCCAGAGUCAAUCACAGAAUCAUUAGGCCUCGAGCUCGUCGAGCGUAUAGGAGAGCUGGAAGGCCACUGGCUGGUCAGGACAGAAGGAGCGACGCCUCACCACGAGUCAAUAGCAAAGAGAAGCGCGUCGCACGAUCCAAUACUGAAGCGAUGGUCGUCGUUGCCGUCUGGCCUUGGCAAGCGCUCGCUGAAGCCCUUGACGCUCAGGAAACGCGCUAAAAGGCAUAGCCCCGCUUUUCUUCGAAGCAAUGCUGCCAGAGAAGACAAAACCGAGCUGCUGUACGCUCAGAACCAGCUCAAGCUUGCCGAUCCCAUGCUUGACCAGCAGUGGCAUCUCAUCAAUACCGAGUUGAAGGACAUCGAGCUCAAUGUGACUACGCUCUGGGGUCAGGGAAUCACUGGAGAGGGUGUGCACGUGGUGAUUGUGGAUGAUGGACUGGAUAUGGAGAGUGAUGAUCUAAAGGCCAACUUUUUCCCCGAGGGCUCUUACGAUUUCAACGACCACACCGAGCUUCCCGCCCCGCGACUAUCAGACGACCAGCACGGCACCCGCUGUGCCGGCGAGAUCGCUGCAGUCCCCAACGACGUCUGCGGCGUCGGCGUCGCCUACAACUCCAAAAUCGCCGGCGUCCGUAUCCUCUCUGCCCCCAUCUCUGACGCAGACGAAGCUGCCGCCCUCAACUAUGCCUACCAGCUGAACGAUAUCUUUUCAUGCUCCUGGGGUCCUCCAGACGAUGGCAAGUCGAUGGAAGCGCCCGAUGGGCUGAUCUUGAAGGCGAUGGUGAACGGUGUGAUGAAGGGACGGGGUGGGAAGGGAUCUGUCUUUGUCUUUGCAGCGGGUAACGGAGGAGGUUCAGACGAUCAGUGCAACUUUGAUGGGUAUACAAACUCGAUCUGGUCCAUCACUGUCGGAUCCGUGGAUCGAAAGGGGCUGCACCCUUACUACUCGGAGAUGUGUUCUGCCAUGAUGGUGGUCGCGCCUUCGUCUGGCAGUGGUGAUCAUAUUCAUACAACUGAUGUUGGAAAAGACAAGUGCGCGCACAACCACGGCGGGACUUCAGCCGCUGCUCCCCUUGGUGCUGGCGUCUUUGCCUUGGCCCUCGGUGUACGACCCGAUCUCACCUGGAGAGAUAUGCAGCAUAUCGCUGUGCGGAGCGCUGUGCAUUUCAACCCGGACGAUCCCGACUGGGAAAAGACCGCCACUGGACGAAAGUUUAGCUACAAGUACGGAUUUGGCCGACUUGACGCCGGGCUCUACGUCGAAGCUGCUCAGCAGUGGAAGAAUGUCAAGCCCCAAGCGUGGUUCGACUCUCCUGCCCCGGUUGUGGAGCCGACAGGCUCGUUCAUUACCGAAUCUGGAGUUACUUCGACUUAUGAAGUGACUCAGCAGAUGCUCACCGACUCCAACUUUGAGCGACUCGAACAUGUUACGGUCCGUGUUUGGAUCGAUCAUCAGAGGAGGGGUGAUGUGGAGGUUGAGGUCACCAGUCCUGGAGGUAUAACGAGUGUGUUGAGUAGGCAGCGAAGGUUUGAUGAUGCGGAUACGGGGUUCCCGGGAUGGAAGUUUAUGAGUUUGAAGCACUGGGAGGAGAACCCCCUCGGCACCUGGACGAUCAGAGUCAAAGACCAAAUCAACCCCGAAAAAACUGGCCGUUUCGUCGCCUGGUCUCUCCAACUGUGGGGCGAAUCCGCCGACCCCUCCCUCGCCAAAGACUGGGCCCCCGCCGAAGAAGGCCAGCCAGACGAAGAACAAACCGGGUCCGAGCCCACCGGCGUCCUCAGCCAAAAGCCCAAACCUACCGACCACCUCCCAGGCAACCACGGGGACGCUUCUGGCGAAGCGCACAAGCCUGGGCUGGGGUCUGCUACAGCUCAGCCUGAGGCGACUGGGUCGACGGAUGAGGAUAUUGCAGAGCCUACAAGCCCGACGGACGCGGAUGCGGAUGAAGGGUUCUUUAGCGGGAUCUCUUCGCUUGCUUCGUCUUCUACCUGGCUUGCUGGUGCGGGUGCUAUCCUCCUCCUCUUUGCGGGCUCUAUCGGCGCAUUCUUCUUCAUUCGCUCUCGCCGACAACAGAAGAAUCUCUUUGGCUUGUCGAAUAACGGUACUGGCGCUCGUGGGGCGUACGAGCCGGUGGACGAUGAUGUGCAGAUGAGUCUCUUGGAGCGGGGAAGGCGCAAGUUUGGCAAGGGCCAGUCGGAGAGUAAGGGCACGAAAGAGUUGUAUGAUGCUUUUGGAGAUGGGCCGAGUAGCGAUGAAGAUGAGGGUGAUGAUGAUGAUGGGUUGGACGAGAGGACGGCGUUGAGGUAUCAUGAUGAUUUCUUGGAGGAUGAUGACCCUCGUUCGGGACAGUUGUCGGGCGUGCCCAAGACAGAAUACCGAGAUGAGCCGGAAGCGGAGGAAGGGGAAGUGAAGGUGAAUAAGGGGAAGGGAAAGGGAAAGGCCAAGGCGGAUGGUGAGAGUGGGAGUGCGAGUUCGAGUAGCUGGCAGGAUGCGGGGGAAGAGGAGAGGGGAGUGUAA